AUGACCCCAGCGACAAUCAAUACCGCUCCAUGGUUCGCAGCAUGGCCCCGACCGAUCGGAGUAGAUUUGCCUGGUCGGAUAUCUGCUGUACCGAAACACCUCAGAUCUGUCUCCUUCCGCCCUCUAGGUUCCUUCAGUGAGUUCUCCUUCAAGGUGGCUCUGCAUGGCACGAUUUUGGCAGGGCUUCGCCAUCGAUAUGCUCUCUGUCUUCAUCUAGGUCGUGGCUCCUCUUUAAAUAGAGUGGAGGCUGAAGGUUCUAGGGUUAGGGUUUCACAAGAACGGGCUUUUCUGUCCUUAUUGAUCAAGAUAGGCUUUUGA